AUGGCGAUGGCCCAGUUCGCAUCGUCCGCUUCGAGCGCCACUCCGGGUCUCGGCGCCACGAACAAGACGGAGAUUCAGACGCUGUUAAGCCAAUUCGACGUCCAGAUCAACAGCAUGAAGGACUAUCCUGCAAAAGACACGAUAAACGCACUGACGAUGUUGGCCGAGCAGCGACUGGAGUUUGCGCCGGAGAUUGUUAGUUUCUUGGAAACGAAGAUCCAUCGGGUUGCGCCCAAUUGCAAGCUGCCGAUCUUUUACUUGACUGAUUCCAUCCUGAAGAACGUCCGAGGGCCGUACUUGUCGCUAUUUGCAGGCAAGAUUGUACUGCUUUAUUGCAAUUGCGUGCGGCAGGUAUCGGGCAAAGAUCUCAGGCGCUUCAUCCAUGUGCUGAAUACGUGGGAAGCCACGCGGCUGUUUAGCAAAGAGUCUACGGUGCAAAUGCGCAGUGCCGCGCACCGUGCCCUGCAGCAGGCCGAUCCCUUAGCGCACUCCGUGCCUGCGAGUAUUAAUCAGGAAAAGUCGUUGCACGUGUCUGCGAGUGUUGAUUCUAGUGCAAAGUUGGCGCAGCAGCAGCAGGAUAUGGAGCUGCGGUCGCUCUUGACGACACUGCAGAAUGACAUGAGUAUUCACCCGACCGAGCACAUGAGUCUUGAAGAAGUACGUACGAAUAACCCAGAGUAUUUCAACCAGCUGCUUGAGUUCCACGCUUCUUCGACGGGUAAACAAACAAGUCCACCGCGAGGGCUUGAUGCAGCUAGUGCACCCCCUCAAAGCACGAAGCCGCAGCCUCCUUUGCAACAAGCUACUGCAACCAGAGACUUUCGGUAUCCUGCUUCUUCUCAUGAUGCACGGACCAAGGCAAGCUUGGCGGUCAAAGCCCAUCCAACAUCUACUGGACAAGCUGGCAGUCAAAGAGGUUCCGAAGGUGGUGUUGGCGCAGCAGCAAAAUCGUCGAAUGUUGCUCAUCUGAUGCAAUUGCUUAAGCGCAAGCAGCGCGCUCCCUCUCCACCGCAGCAAUCAGCUCACGAGAGUACUAAUGACGUUCCUUGUGCCCCUAACGCAGCUGCUGUCAUGUCCAUUCUGCAGAAGCUGAAGGGAAUGUCGAGCGGAGGUGCUGCGUCUGGAUUGCCAACAGCUCAAGUGCAAUCUCAGCAAUCUCGGCAGCCGCAGCCGCCACAGCAACAGCAACGCAGUGACAAUGCUUCCCGCAUGUGGUUCAGCGAUAAGGUCGUGGCUCACAAGGAUCGUGUCGAGUCGAACGUGCAAAAGUUGUACGCAGCAUUGCCACUCGUGUGUCGCGAGAGUGGGUUACGCUUUCGUGAGCAAGCUCAUUUGGAUGCCCAUUUGGACUUCCUUUUCCAAUACAAUCGUGCCCGAAAAGAGCGAGGCAAAGGAGGCACUUCACGAUCAUGGUACCCGGACGAAGACCGGUGGGUGGCCGAUUUCUUUGGUGAUACUGCACCCCGCGAGAGCACCAGUAGCAGCUUCUUUGAUCGCGCGCAACAGGAAAAUGAAAAGAAUGCGGGCGAACAGGCCACGUGGGAAAAUGCUCGAGUAGCGGUCGACGAGUCCAUCACGCGCUGCCAAAUAUGCGGCGAGAAUUUUGCAAAAAGCUGGGAUGAAGAGGAAGAGGAUUGGAUGUACACGAACGCGGUUACCGGCACGAUCCAUAACACUGGUCCUAACGGUAAUGAGGAGCAGGACACGAUUUUCCACAAGUAUUGCUACGAUACAGUGUUAGCAAACUCGACACAUGUCACGCCCGCACAUUUAAUUCCUGCAGAGAGAAGUACUGCAGUUAAUAUGGCGGGUUCAAACGAUAGUAUGGAUGGCAGCAGUAGUGGCGUGAAGCGAUCAUUCGGAGAGGACGACACCGAUAGCGACGGCGACGAUGAUGUGAAGCGAGUGAAAACUCUCUGA